GCGCACUUCUCUUAUUCGUAUUGUUAGAGCUUGUUGCCAUCGCUAGGGUUAGGGUUAGGAGGCGAAAUCAUGGCGGAGGAGGAGGUAGAAGUGAUUAAAUCGGCGCCCUAUAAAAAGCAGAAAGUGUCAGAAUUGACGCAAUCUACCCAAGCACAAAGUGUUGAUGAGAUAUUGAAGGAAAUAAAAUGGGCUGAUUGGGAAUCAGAUGAAGAUGUUCCUAAUGCGAGAUCUAUGAAAUUUUUUACGUGUAAACUUGACCCUCUUGAUACCACCCACGCCUUUCCUAUCAUCUAUGAUCUUCAAGAGCUGGAGCAACGCGACGUUGGUUUGGGACUUUUUAGUCAAUUUGUUUUUGAAAGCUACAACAAGCACGCUUUGGAGUUCUAUGAUCAUCCGGGAAUUCGGUCAGCCGGGUUUUACCAUAGGGAAGGCGAAUACAUUGAUGCCUUUCAUAGAGCUCCUGCUGAGCAUGCCUUCCAGUGGUAUCGUGACAUGUACCCACACGGUUCGAAUGUCCGAUUGAAGGAGGUAACUAAGAUCACUUGCCGUCCUGACUGCCAUAUCAGACAUUAUGUGACUUUUACUGUGGUUGAUGUUGAUACCAACGAGGAGACAACUCUUCAAGCUCAUCUUUUUGAGUAUGGAUUACCUAGAGAUUGGCUGCUUGGUAUGCUUAGAGAUGUCUCUCGUGGUCGAGUCCUUGCCAUCACUCGCCUCAAACAAGCAUCUUCUGGAGAGGCUGCUAGUGAACUCUCGUAUCUGCUGGAGAUACUUGGGAAGGAAGUCUUGGUUACCACGUCAACAUAGACGCAUCUAAAUGUGGACUGUGGAUGUAUUAGCUUCUGAUGGUGGUUUCUAGCGAAGUUUGAAUAAUUACAUGUUGUCUGCACUCCAUUUUCUUAUUUAUGUUUAAGAUGUAUGUUCGCCAUCUUACAAUGUUGAUAGGAUUGCUUCCUUAUGCAGAGACUUGUGAUGUAUUUAGACUUGCAUCCUUGUAAAUGUGUUACGUUUUAUAUUACACU